GAAGUUUAGAAGACCACAAGCCUUAUAAAAGCAACAGGGCUGUCUAAGUUAAGUAUUCCUGGUUGGUGAAGUUAUAACAAGAUAACCUCAAGAUGGCGCAAAGGAGCAGCAGAAAAACGACAGAAGAACGUAGCUCAAGCUACAAACGACACUUUGGUGAAGGCCCGGCCAGAUUCACUUAUUCAAGCAAGUCAUCUCCCGGCCGAUCCCAGUCCGCAACACGAUCGUACAGGUACUCAAGCAGCAGCGGUGGCGGUGGCGGAGCUGCUAUGGCCGGUGGUGCCAUGGGCGGCGGUAUGGGCAUGGGUGCUGGCAUGGGCAUGGGAGGAGGCAUGGGCGCUUCUAUGGGUGGCGAAAGGAUCAGAAUGACCCGAGCAGCACCAGUGAGCAGUGGAAUCUCAAUGCGAGACAUCAACUUAAUGUCGGAUGCUCUGGGACCAGAUUUCGAGAGGAUGAGGAUCAACGAAAAAGAAGAACUCCAAGUCCUUAAUACCAGAUUCGCUGGUUACAUCCAAAAGGUUCGAGCACUUGAACAAGCCAACAAGAUCUUGGAAGUUCAACUUGAACAACUAAGCGCCCAACAACCCGGUCGUGUUGCUGAUAUGUACGAAGAUGAAUUGGCAAGACUCCGUCGAGAAGUCGACCAGAUCACCAAGGAAAAGGCGAACAUCCUGAUGCAGUUGGAAAACGCAGCAUUGGAAGCAAACAAUUGGAAAGACAAAUACGAAGAAGAAGCAAUCAGCAAACGAGAACUCGAAGACGAUCUCAACUCCAUGCGAAAAGAUUGCGAUGACGCAACUUUGGUUCGUCUUGACCUUGAACGCAGACUGGAAACACUGCAAGAAGAAAUUGAGUUCCUUAAGAGAACUCAUGACCAGGAAGUUGCUGAGCUCAUGGAACAAGUCAGGAAGACGGAGGUAAAGAUCGAGAUGGCUCCCGGACCUGAUCUGGAGGAACUCGUUGAAGACAUGAGGAAACAAUACGAGAAACUCGCAUCCAAGAACCGAGCUGAUGCUGAGGAAUGGUACACUGAGAAGGUAUCCACCCUCCAAGACCAAGCCGUCAAGAACGACGACCUAGUACGUAACGUUCGAAGUGAAUUGAGCGAAUACAGGAAGAGCGUCCAGACCUUGAAUAUGGAGAUUGACUCAUUGAGAGGAACAAACGACUCCCUUCAACGAGCAAUGGGAGAACUUGAAGAGAGGUACAACAGAGAUACCUCCGACUACCAAGACACCAUUAUGAACUUACAGGCUGAAUGCGACGACCUGAAGACACAGAUGGCACAACAUCUCCGUCAAUACCAAGAACUCAUGGACGUCAAGAUGGCUUUGGACAUCGAGAUCGCUACUUACAGGAAGCUGUUGGAAGGAGAGGAAUCAAGAGUGGAAGCGAUGGAAGGAAACAGGCUUGCUGAACGCCUACGAACCUCGGGCGGCGGUAGCUCCCGUUUCGUCACAACCACAUCAAGAUCAGCAGGAGGAUUUUCAUCCGGCCGAGGAGGAGCAAGUGACGUCAUGGGAAGUGAUGACGUAGAAACCGUCACAACAAAAAAAGUUGUUGUCAAGACAAUUGAAACAAAGGACGGAAAGGUCGUGAGCCAAACCGAGGACGUUCGUGAGCAAUCAUCUGGUGAUCAUGAUGACAACGCUCACGCCACCUUGUGAGCAACAAUGGCUGUUAUUUAAAAAAGUUUAUAAUCGUUACGUAAUCAAUUCAAUUAAAAAAAGUUUAUAAUCCCCAGUUAUUACGUAAUAAAGCCGUUUGUUUGGAUUUCGCGUGUACCAAGUAUGACGUAAUCGCUUUGUUUGUGACGUUGUGACGUGUGAUCUAACAGAUCUGUAUUGUUGACAAAGGUUGCUGCUGUGACGUAAUGUGUGACGUCAAAUACAUGGAAGCUUGGUUUAUGAGAUAAUAGGUGUGGUUUGUGACGUAACAAUGGUAUAGAGAUGACAUUACUAUCGUACAUAACGUCAUAAUGCGAAUGUACACGUAAUAAACGGAAUGUUUAUUCGUCAUAAUAAACUUUGUUUGUUCAAUAA